AUGGGCCACGCGGAGCUUAACUUCAUGCCCGACUCCAACACCAUCUCCUACAAGGUCGUCGUGUCGAACGUCUACGGUCCCACUGCAGCACACAUCCAUGCUGGGAACUCAAGCACUAACGGACCCGUUAUCGCAUUCCUGUACAACGCCACAGGCCCUGUCAACGACGCUGCAGCCACCUUUGGCGAGCUUUCCAGCGGCACACUCACUCCGGCCAACUUCAUUGGACCCGCCAAGGACACAACCACUGUUCAGGCCUUCGUUGACAAGUGGGUGACCACUGGUGACUCCUAUGUGAAUGUCCACACUGCCAAGUACCCGGGCGGCAACAUCCGCGGCCAGGUCAUGUUAAUGGCAAUGAACGGAGGCAUGAUGCCCAUGAGCAUGGCUCCUGCUAUGGCCAUGAACAUGGCUCCUACCACGGCCAUGAGCAUGGCUCCAACCAUGGCCAUGCCUGCAAUGACCCCCUCAGGCGCGAUGGCCGCCCGUCGCAUGUUAUCUGCGUGA